AUGGGGGCUGUGGACCGUCCGACGCACCACAUCGCGGCCGCCGUCCUUGUCGUUGCUUAUGCGCUCCUCUGGCAGCCAACGGCGCCUCCGCCAGCCUCGAGCAGCAUCACUUUUGCCGUCUCGCCCGUGACGCCAGCCAACUUUUCGGGCCCUUUGCUUCGCGACACCACCACAGCGAUUGAUCAACUGCCCGAGUACGUCGACGCUGGCUGUCAACGUGUGCACCAGCAGUCGCCGCUCGCGAUGCCAUUCGUUGCAUCCACGAUGGGCUUUCUCGAUGGCAUCAGCAAAGCGUACGCCCAGCACCUCCACUUGGUGCUGCGACCCGACGACAUUUGGCUGGCGCUCACGAGCCAGUUUGGUCUGUACGUCGACGGCAAGAUCGAGCUCGAGAUUGAAACGGCGGGCACGGUCCACACGGUCGACUUUGGUGUCUGUGCGACUCAAUUGGUCGACGAGAUGCGCGCGCACUUGGUCGACCCGGCGCUCGCCGACGUCCUGCUGCCCAACUUUACAACGACCACGCCCCACGAUCGCAUCACGGCGAGCAUUUUGACCAUGGCCACGAUGAAGAAUUUCUUCCAGUACAAGAUCAAACUCUCGUGUGGCAUUCCAACGGUGACGCUUCUCGGCUCGGUCGACGACUGGCAGCAAAUUCGGUCGCGCAUCGAGCACUUUCGAGCGUAUGGCGAGCGUAUGCAGACGUGGGUCGACCUUCUCAGCGGCGUCCUCGAUCAGUUUGUGGCGGCGGCGCGUGGCGAGCCGGACACGGCGUUUUGGCGAAGCAUUUAUGACAGCACCUACCAAGGCUGCGGCCAACGCUAUGUGAGUGGCUGGGUGAGCGUCUUUGCCGUCUUUGACGGAAAAGGUCGGUGGCAGGGCGAUGAGCGCACGACCAGUUCCGGCGAGAGAUCGACCUACCCAAUCAUUGCGGUGUACGAUCUGCCACCGGGCUACGCGGCCGUCGACGUCGAGAUUGAUGACAACGGCAACAAGGUGGACGCAAUCAUGCUGGCGGGUCACAUGUCGUAUGCCAUCCAAGACAACAACACGGUCGUCCCGCAGCUGGGCUGGGCCAUGGCGCUCAAGCCCACAGCACUUGAAAUUUCGACACGUGUUUGA